GUCCCCUCCCCCCUCCCCCCCCCAACCUGGUUCCCUCCGGGCGGGGGGGGGGAGGGCGGGGGGGGAGGGGCCGAAUUCCACUUCCGCGCGCGCGCGGGUCAAAAACGUGGGUGCCCGGGGGGGCAAAGGCUGCGGAGCGCUGCGUGAUGCAGGUGCUGCGGUUCUAUGUGCGGCCGGGCCCCCCCGAGCAGGUGGGGGGUGCUGGGGGGGCCCCCCUGGGGCUGGGAUUGGGGUCCCCCCUGCGGGUGGCCCGAGCCGUGGAACCGGGGGUCACCGCUGUCACCUGCGAGCUCUGCUACUACCUGGCCUGGGACGGGGAGGACCCCCCCGACGCGGAGGAAAGCCGGAUCCUGCGCUGGGUCUUGGGGUCCCCCCUGGGGCAGGGGGAGGAGGUGGCCCCCCAAAGUUUCCUGCGCCCCCACGGCCCCCACCUGCUGCUGGAGAUCGGGCCCAAGCUGGGGGUCUGCACGGCCGCCUCCACCAACGCCGUCUCCCUCUGCCGGGCGGCCGGGCUGGGCCGGGUGCAGCGAGUGGAGCGAUCCCGGCGCCUCCUGCUCCAGUUCGAGGGGCAGCCGUCGCGGGGGGCAGCGGAGCGGCUGGGGCGGGCGCUGCGGGACCCCAUGACGGAGCAGCUGUACCCCGAGCCGCUGGCCACCUUCGAGGUGCCCGUGCGCCCCGUCCCCGUCACCACCAUCGACGUCCUGCGGGGCGGCCCCCCCGCCCUGGAGCAGGCCGACCGCGAGCUGGGCCUGGCCUUCGACCCCUGGGACGUGCAGUACUACACCCGGCUCUUCCGCACCGCCGGCCGCAACCCCACCUCGGUGGAGGCCUUCGACCUGGCCCAGUCCAACAGCGAGCACAGCCGCCACUGGUUCUUCAAGGGGCGGCUGGUGGUGGACGGGCAGGAGGAGCCGCAGUCGCUCUUCCAGAGCAUCAUGGGAACCCAGAGCUCCAGCAACCCCAACAACGUCAUCAAGUUCUCCGACAACAGCAGCGCCAUCCGGGGGGUUCCGGUGACGACCCUGUGGCCGCGGGACCCGGCCGAGCCGAGUUCUUUUGAGAAGAGGACGACCAUCCGGCACGUCAUCUUCACCGCCGAGACCCACAACUUCCCCACGGCUGUGGCCCCCUUCAGCGGGGCGACCACGGGGACGGGGGGCCGGAUCCGGGACGUGCAGUGCACCGGCCGCGGCGCCCACGUCAUCGCCGGCACCGCCGGCUACAGCUUCGGCAACCUGCUCAUCCCCGGCUAUGAGCUGCCCUGGGAAGACGGGGCGCAGCCGUACCCCAAAUCCUUCGCCCGCCCCCUGGAAAUCGCCAUCGGGGCCAGCAACGGCGCCAGCGACUACGGCAACAAAUUUGGGGAGCCCGUGCUGGCUGGUUUCGCCCGCUCCUUCGGGCAGGUGCUGCCGGGGGGGCAGCGGCGGGAGUGGAUCAAACCCAUCAUGUUCAGCGGUGGCAUCGGCGCCAUCGAGGACGACCACGUCCGUAAGGAGCCCCCCGAACCCGGGAUGCUGGUGGUGAAAGUGGGGGGCCCCGUGUACCGCAUCGGCGUCGGGGGGGGGGCCGCCUCCUCCAUCCAGGUGCAGGGGGACAACGCGGAGGAGCGGGACGCGGGGGCGGUGCAACGGGGGGACCCCGAAAUGGAGCAGAAGAUGAACCGGGUGCUGCGGGGGUGCAUCGAGAGCGGGGGGGGGAACCCCAUCUGCAGCAUCCACGACCAGGGGGCUGGCGGCAACGGGAACGUCCUGAAGGAGCUCAGCGAGCCGGCGGGUGCCGUCAUCUACGCCAGCCGCUUCCAGCGGGGGGACCCAACGCUGAGCGUGCUGGAGCUGUGGGGCGCCGAGUACCAGGAGUCCAACGCGCUGCUGGUGCGACCGCCCCGGCUGGGGCUGCUGCGGCGUCUGGCCGCCCGCGAGCGCUGUCCCCUCUGCGUGGUGGGGACCGUCACCGGGGACGGGCGGAUCGUGCUGGUGGAUGACCUGGAGGCGCCGGUGCCCGAGGGGGGGUCCCACGAGGGGCUGCCCACCCCCGUCAACCUGGAGCUCGAGUGGGUGCUGGGCAAGAUGCCCCGCAAGGAGUUCGUGCUGCAGCGGGUGGCCCCCACCCUGCGCCCGCUGGCGCUGCCCCCGGGGCUGUCGGUGCGGCAGGCGCUGGAACGGGUCCUGCGGCUCCCGGCCGUGGCCAGCAAGCGCUACCUCACCAACAAGGUGGACCGCUCGGUGACGGGGCUGGUGGCCCAGCAGCAGUGCGUGGGGCCCCUGCACACGCCGUUGGCCGACGUGGCUGUGGUGGCCCUGUCCCAUUUCGACACGGUGGGGGCGGCCACGGCGCUGGGCGAGCAACCCAUCAAGGGUCUGCUGGAUCCGGCCGCCGGCGCCCGCCUGGCCCUCACCGAGGCCCUCACCAACCUCGUCUUUGCCCGCGUCACCGAUCUCCGCGACGUGAAGUGCUCGGGGAACUGGAUGUGGGGGGCAAAGACAGGGGCGGAAGGUGGGGCGCUGGUGACGGCAUGCGAGGGGCUGGUGGGUCUCCUGCACCGCUUGGGCGUGGCCAUCGAUGGGGGCAAGGACUCGCUCAGCAUGGCCGCCCGCGUCGGCACCGAGACCGUCCUGGCGCCCGGCACCCUGGUGGUCUCAGCCUACGCCGUCUGCCCUGACAUCACGGCCACCGUCACCCCUGACCUCAAGUGUCCUGAUGGCAAAGGAGCCCUACUGUGGGUGCAGCUGAACCCGGGGCGACACCGUUUGGGGGGCAGCGCCCUGGCCCAGGUCUUCUCGCAGUUGGGGGACGCCUGCCCCGACCUGGAGGACCCCGGGGUGCUCGACGCCGCCUUCCGCGUCACCCAGCGCCUCAUCGAAGAGCGGGUGCUGAGCGCGGGCCACGACGUGAGCGACGGGGGGCUGCUGGGCUGCCUGCUGGAGAUGGCCAUGGCCGGCAACUGCGGUCUCCAGGCGGACGUGGCAACCGUCCCCCCCGAUGCCACCCCGCUGGCCGUGCUGUUUGCCGAGGAGCCGGGGCUGGUGCUGGAGGUGCCGGUGGGCACCAGCGUGGACAUCUGCCGCUGCUACCAGGAGGCCGGCGUGCGCUGCGUCCCCAUCGGUCACAGCGGCCCCUACGGGCCCGACGCUACGGUUGAGGUGGUGGUGGCCGGCACGUCCGUGCUGUCCGAGCCCGUGGGUGACCUGCGGGCGGUCUGGGAGGAGACCAGCUUCCGGCUGGAGCGGGAGCAGGCGGCCGUGGACUGUGUGGCCCAGGAGGAGGCUGGGCUGCGCCGGCGCCAAGGACCUACCUUCAACCUCACCUUCGACCCCCUCGAGGAGCUCCCCCUGCUCCAGCACAUGGAGCUGCCGGGGCCGCGGGUGGCCGUGCUGCGGGAGGAGGGCAGCAACGGGGACCGGGAGAUGGCGGCCGCCUUCGUCAUGGCCGGCUUCCAGGUGUGGGACGUCACCACGCAGGACCUGUCCUCGGGCUCCGCCACCCUCGACGGUUUUCGGGGGCUCGUCUUUGUGGGGGGGUUCAGCUACGCUGACGUCCUCGGCUCUGCCAAGGGCUGGGCGGCCGCCGUGCGCUUCCACCCGCGGGUGGGGGGCACCCUCGCCCGCUUCCGCCAGCGCCCCGACACCUUCAGCCUGGGGGUCUGCAACGGCUGCCAGCUGCUGGCCCUGCUGGGCUGGGUGGGGCCCCCCCAAGAGGAGGGGGCCCCCCCCGCGGUGGCGCUGAGCCCCAACCUCUCGGGGCGUUUCGAGUCGCGGUUCGUGGCCGUGAGGGUGGAGCCGGGGCCCUCCCUGAUGCUGCGCGGGAUGGAGGGCGCCUGCCUGGGCGUCUGGGUGGCCCACGGAGAAGGCCGGUUCCAAUUCCGAACUCCCGAGGGGUUGCAGAGGGCGUUGGGGGAGGGGCUGAUCCCCCUUCGUUACGUCGACGAUUCGGGGGUCCCCACGAGCGAGUACCCCCUGAACCCCAACGGGUCCGGGGGGGCGGCGGCUGCGCUCUGCUCGCCCUGCGGCCGUCACUUGGCCGUGAUGCCCCACCCCGAGCGGGGGGUGCGAACUUGGCAAUGGCCUUGGCGACCCCGGGUUUGGGACCGUGGGGAGAUGGGGGGCACGGAAGCUCCUUGGCUUCGGAUGUUCCGGAACGCUCGGGUGUGGUGUUCGAGUUGGCCCCACGGUCGGGUUUGAAGUAGAGGAUUCGUGGUGGUUGACGCAUGGAUGGACCCAUGGAUGGACCCAUAGAUAGACCCAUAGAUGGACACAUGGAUGGACCCAUAGAUAGACCCAUAGAUAGACCCAUAGAUGGACCCAUGGAUGGACACACAGAUGGACACAUGGAUGGACCCAUAGAUAGACCCAUAGAUAGACCCAUAGAUGGACCCAUGGAUGGACACACAGAU